AUGGAUAUCCACUCGCCCCUGCCCUCUCAACCGUACAAUCCUUCCGAACACGGCUGGUCUGCGAAAGAUACACAGACUCCUCUCCCCUCCUCCCCAAGAGAAAUACUUGCUCUAGUACGAAAUCAUUUUUCUGAGAAAAGUGCGUAUGCAUCUACACCCUCGAAUUCCAUCUUUGUCCCGGGGGUAUGGAGAGCAGGGAAGAGUUCGAAGGUUAGUUUGUGGGAUGAUGAAGAGGAUGCGCGGGAGGAGGGGAGGAGGAUUGGUGGAGUGGAGAUUUUUGAGGUGGCUGGGGAGGGGUUGAGGGAGGGGGGGAGUGUGGUGUUUUGUUUGGAGGAGUUGUUGGGGAGGAGUAGUGCGUUGUGUUGGGUUACAAGGGGGAGGUAUGGGAGGGUGGGUUCUGGGAGGAAGGGGAAGGGGAAGGGGAGGAGAAAGGGAGGAGGAUGGGGAUGGGGGAAAGGAGGGAGGAGAGAGGGAGAGGGGUUGAGGGGGAAGGCGUAUUUGGUUGUGGGGGUUAUUCCUGGUACACACAAUCUUCCGCAUCCAUCUCCCAUUAUUCCCACACCAAAUACAACAAACGCAAACACAAACCAUGCAUUUCAUAUCCAGAAUAAGGAAGAAGAUUUUAUAAAUGAGGGAACAGCAAGAGCUUCCUCGUACUCUAGCAUCUCUACGCAUGGCCGAGAAAAUUCUGGUACUGUUGGAGAGUUUGAUUUUGAAUUCGGGCAGCAACGGAAACAAGACCAAGAACAAAUUCGAGAUACUCCCCUUUCUCAGAUACCAUAUCCAUCCUCCCAUAUCAAACAUCCAAGCCUCCGCGAAAGAAAAUAUAAUCCUGGGGUCUUCAAGUGGACUCUAGAGAAUCCCCACGCGAACGAUAUACAAGAAUUUGAGAUAGAAAGAGAUGUGAGGAGAUGUGCGCUGGGAAUGAAACGCGAUAGCGCGUUUAGAAGAAUGGAGAAGAUUUCGGAGGAUAUAGGGGAUGGGGGAUUUGUGGACGAGAGUGUGGGUGGGGGUGAAGUGGGAGUGGAGGAGGAGAUGAGGGGUAUAGAUGAUGAGCGCUCGAGAGAAUGGAGUUGGGGCGAUGGUGAGAAGGAAAGGGGAUACGAACAAGAGAAAAAUUCAAACCCAAAGAGAAGAAUUACAUCAACAGCGAAAAUCACGAGGAAAGGGACGUUUGGUGAGAAGUUCAGAGAGAAAUCAGCAGUUUUUCAAGAUGAGGAGAGGGUUUCUUUGCGGGACCAAUCAUUUACAUCGCGCGAUUUCGAUAGGAGUGAUAGUGAUAGUGAUGGAAGAGGGAGAGUGGAGAGAACUCGAUUUGUUGAUACAGGAACAUCGAUUUGUGAUCGCAUUUUUGGCGAAGAAGAUAGUUCGGAGGAUGGUUUGAGCGCGGGGGAUGUUCCUGCGGGUGCGGGUGCGGUGAGGAAGAGGGAGGUGGUUUGUGGGAUGUUGGAGACGAAAUGUGGAUGUGAUAAUUGUGCACGGGAAGAGGGUGGAGAUAGAAAAUCUAGGAGUUUGGGUAUGGGACUACCUGGGAAGAAGGUAAGGAGGGAAGAAAAUGAUUGUGAGUAUGAAAGCAGCAGUGGGAGGGAAAGAAAAGACGUAUCCCUUGGUUCGCGUAUGUCUUCUUUUGUCGGCGCGGUGGAUAAUGAUAAAGAUAGUGAGGAGCAAGAGGAUUUGCAGCAUGAGGAUACAGAUUUCGAUAUCGAAACCACUGAACGAGAAGAAGCCAUUCAUCCUCAAACCACCGCAAAAUCCACCACAAAAUCCAGGAUCCCGAUAGAAUAUCUCAAAUCUAGAAGACCGAUCCCCAGAAACACGAUAUCGAGAGAUGCUACUAGAGAUAAUUAG